AUUUUAUAUAACAAAUUUAAAAUUUAUAUUUAUAUUUGUAAUAAGUAAGACCUAACCAAAUCUCACCCUAACUUACCUACCCUACCUAUUAUAUGUAUACCUACUUUACACACUUGUUCAUCUAACACCUGUAAACACUUCUAUGUUACACGAUUCUACGGACGUACUGACUCGCUGUCGAGUUUAUAAGUAAAGUCGAGCUUAUAAGUAAACGUCGACAAUCGCGCCCGGACAUGUGGAAAAACAAGAUAGUUAUUGAAAGCAGUACAUUUCAAUUUCCGAAGCGAAAUUCUGUUUGGCAGACCGAAAGAGUUUGCCAGUUUUGUAAGAAGGUAUUCUGCUGCAAAAAAUGUCGCGAUCGUCACGUGGACGAAGUGCAUCCCGAUCUGAACGUUAACUGUGUUUUAUGUGCUUCUAAGGCAUUGCCACUGCGACAGUCUGAAAUUGAAAUUUUUUUAGAAGAUGAGCAAUUGUUGUGUCACAUAGUUAAUAAACAUCUGCCGUUACAUUGUCAGCUGUGUGGUGACUUAGUCGAAUCUAAGGAAGAUUUCAAGUCUUUUGGUGCAUGCAAAUGGUGGUUUCAAUAUCGAAAUCCUUUGACAUCGCCUGUGGACUUCGCACCUCUCGAGAAGAAGUUGAAGCAGUGUUUUUUGAUUGAUAGCGACUAUAACGUUAAAAGCUACAACUAAAACCAAGGAGCAAAUCAAAGAGGAUGUCAAUAUUUUACUUUCUAAAUUGAAGCUUUCUGAAAAGAGAAGUUUUCUUCCUAGCAAACUUUCCGGUGGUCAACAAAGAAAAUUGUGUCUUGGAAUGACGCUCAUUGGUGAUGCUAAUGUAAGUUGUGACACAGUUACAACGUGCAUUGCACGUAUGGAUUUAAAAAAAUUAAAUUUACUUUUAGAUUAUAAUCUUGGAUGAGCCAACAUCGGGAAUGGAUCCUGAAA